UAGUGGGGGCGAUAUGCACAGGGCUGAAGACCAAUGGUGGACUCUCGGACAACAACAACGACAAUAUGAGCUUCGGAGUACACUCGGGCGAAGUAGACGCAACAGAUGCAACAACUUCGUAAUCGCUAGCGCGCACGGGAGACCGCUUGUACGUGGUAGCGAGAAGACCGGACUCAGAUGCAUGUCGUGGAAGCGUAGUGGAGAACAGCGGAGAAAGUUACCUUGCUGGAGGAGCGAAUAGCGAGCUUCGCUUUCAACCACAGCGAGCAUCAGCCUCUACUAAAGCUCAGCUGGAGUCACUGCUUCGAUCGCCCUGCUAUACGAUACGAUAUUGAAGUCCCAACAAGCACAAUGGCUGCUCCACCGUUCAAUGCCGAGACGGCACAGCAAAGGGUGAAGAAAGCACAAGAUUUGUGGAACACACAGGAUCCGGAGAAGGUAUCCAAAGCAUAUACCGAGGACUGCAUCUGGCGCAAUCGUGACCAGUUCUUCUCCGGCACUGACAAGAUCAUUGAGUUCUUAACCAAGAAGUGGCAGAAGGAGAAGAACUACAAGCUGCGCAAGGAGCUGUUUACCUUCAUGGGCAACAAGAUCGCCGUCCAGUUUUGGUAUGAGUAUCAGGAUGCCCACGACGAUAUGAAGUGGAAGCGCUGCUAUGGCCUCGAGGAUUGGACAUUCUCCGAGGAUGGCAGAAACUGCAAGCGGCAGAUGAGCGGCAAUGAUAUCGAGAUCUCCGAAAACGAGCGGUGGUUCAAGGAAGGCGUCGAUGUCAACGCCGUUCAUAUCUCCGAGCAGCAUUGGUAGUCAUCGUCUGAGGAGCUUGAAGAUGUUAGCUGAGCUCCGAAGUAGGAACGUGAGAACCCUAUUUGAUGCUACCCACAUCCACUGUAUUACGGGUGCUC